CGCUGGCUGCUGGCUGCUGCUGGCUGCUGCUGCUGCUGCUGCUGCACUAGAAGACACUGUCAGCAGCGACGCAGCUGAGCUCUGCACGCAGAUGUGUGAGGGCUCUGCAGAGAACUGACGACUAACAUGUUAACCAGGAGAUCAGACCAUCAAGAAGAGAGGAGACUGAGCAGAUAGGACGAAGACACCAGAGAGAGAGACAGAGAGAGACAGAGAGAGAAUAUUGAUCAGGUCUGGAGAUGAACAGCUGCCAACUGUGGGAUGUGAAGAUGUGGGCGUUGAUGGGAGCAGUCUGUCUGUGCCAGUGCGUCUUUGGACAGCUCUUUGACACCAAACUGAAAGGAGCACCGCGUCUGAUCUGCAGCGUCGCAGGGUCACCGGGCCUGCCUGGAAAACCCGGUCCCAGUGGGCCCCCGGGAGCUGAUGGGAAUGUGGGUAUCCCGGGAAGAGAUGGCAGAGAUGGCAGGAAGGGUGAAAAGGGAGAGAAGGGAGACUCAGGGUUAAAGGGCAGAGUUGGCCCGACAGGUAAGAUUGGAACCCGAGGUGAACGUGGACCCGCUGGGAAACGAGGCCCUACAGGAGAGAACGGAGAUCUGGGCUUUCCUGGCCCCGCAGGCCGUGACGGGCAGAAGGGCGAUAAAGGGGAAAGGGGGCCACGUGGAACAGCAGGGAUCUGCAAGUGUGGCAGCCUGCAGCCUAAAUCUGCCUUCUCUGUGGGAAUCACCAGCAGCUACCCCACAGAGAAAACCCCCAUCAAGUUCAACAAGGUGCUAUAUAACGAGGGCGGACACUACAACACACAGACGGGCAAGUUCAUCUGUGCAUACCCAGGCGUUUAUUAUUUCUCCUAUGACAUUACGCUGGCCAACAAACACCUGGCCAUUGGUCUGGUGCAGAAUGGUCAGUAUCGCAUCAAAACGUUCGAUGCCAACACGGGGAACCACGACGUGGCGUCUGGGUCCACCGUGAUGUACCUGAACCCAGAAGACGAGGUGUGGCUGGAGAUCUUCUUCGAUGAUCAGAAUGGAUUAUUUGCAGACCCAGGCUGGGCCGACAGCUUGUUCUCUGGCUUCCUUCUCUACGCAGACACAAACUAUUUUGACAUACUGGCAGAGGACUAUGCAUAACACUUGGGAAACAUAAAAGAGGGACUGCUAGUCACUGUUUUUUAUUACACAUUUUAUAUAUUUUUUUAUACAAAUGUUUGUACUGCUAGUGUUACUGUUACUAUAGAGACUUAUUGACUGAUUUGAAAUUAUGUUAUUUAAUAAAGCUUGAAGUAGUUUCAGAUGUUUUUUGUUUUGAGUGGAAGUUGGAUCAAAUAACUUAAAAUAAACAUCGUGACACGUA